AUGUUUUACAGUCUAAUUUCAUCUCACACUUUCUCCAAGAAGGCUCUGACGAGACCUCCGGUUACUAAUGGGAACUCCAAGCCGAAGAGAUUCUUCAAGCGGCCGUUUCCUCCUCCGUUUCUGGAUAAACGCAUCAUCGAGAGACGGGAUGGCUCCAUAAAGAAGAAGGAGGCAGAGUGGGUUUGGAUAAGAUCUUGGCAAACUGAAGAAGGUUUUGGAGAUAUCCAGCAACAGAGCAAUAACAACAGUUGUUCCGAGCCAACAUUACAGAUGAAGCUUCAGACAUGUUCUGAGCCAACAUCACAGAUGAAGCUUCAGCCAUGUUAA